GCUCGGUUUGCCCACUUUGUAUUUUAACCCCACAAUCGUGUUAGUUAUGACUGGACCAAUUCCUUCCAACAGCACUUCCCAGAGACUCCAGGAUAAAGUUGCCAUCGUCACCGGCGGUGCCACGGGUUUUGGGAAGGCAAUCGUGAACAAGCUCGUUGCUGAGGGUGGUAAGGUCCUCGUUUUUGACAUCAACGAAUCCAGCCCCAAGGAGAUUGGCAACGGCGAUACGACAAACAUAGCAUACUUCCGCGGAGAUGUGGCCUCUCCGACAGACUGGAGCGAAGCGCUGGCUAGAGUGUUAUUAUCAUAUAAUCGUCUCGAUAUAGUGGUCAACAACGCUGGUGUGCUGCACAAGGCUCAACCCUCCAUUGAUCUUUCCGACGAGGAGUGGGAGCGGGUCUUUCGCGUUAACGUCAAGCAGAUACACCUCAGCACAAAAACCAUCAUCCCAUACUUCAAAGAGGCCGCUCGACCAGGCCUGUUCGUCAAUAUAUCCAGCAUGAGUGGUGCUCGACCGCGACCAAAUUUGGUGUGGUACGGAGCCACCAAAGGGGCCGUCAACACGGCAACCAAGGGACUCGCAGUCGAAUGGGCGAAACAUAACAUUCGAGUAAACGCCAUCUGCCCCUCGGUAGGGGAUACAGCCAUGAUGCCGCUUUUCCUGGGUCAAGAUGCGAGCGCCGAGGCACACGAGAAAAUGCUUAGCAGUAUACCAUUAGGCCGCGUCUGCCAACCUGUGGAUGUGGCCAAUGCAGUUGCAUACAUGGCCAGUGACGAAUCGACUUAUUUGACCGGUGUUUGCCUGGAAGUUGAUGGCGGUAGGGGGAUCUAG